AUGUUGGCGUUACAACAAAAACAGUGUGUUGUUCAAAGCAAUGUUUCGAUCCUCCGAUCUAAAAAUCAACAACAACAAAAAUCAUCAUCACCACGACGUCAAAGCCGUCAAUCAACUAUAAUAACUCGAUCGUUGUUCAACUUUGCGCAAAAGCCGGCUAAUCAAAAGAAAGUGGUCGUCAUUACCGGCGCGUCCUCUGGUUUGGGUUUGUACACCACCAAAGCUUUGGUGGAAACCGGGGAGUAUUGCGUCGUCAUGGCGGUCCGUAACCCGGCGAAAGCGGAGGAAAAAGCGAAAGAGUUUGGUUUCCCGGCGGAUGCCUAUCACGUGAUGGAGUGCGAGUUGGCGGAUUUGGAUUCGGUGCGAUCGUUCGCGAAGAAGUUCUUGGCGUCGAGAUACGUCCAAAACUUUUCGGCGUUGAUCUGUAACGCGGCGUUGUAUUUGCCGAACGCGACGGUCCCGUCGUUUACGAAGCAAGGUUUCGAGGAGUGCGUCGGCGUGAACCACUUGGCGCACCACUUGUUGGCGUUGUUGUUGUUGGAUAAACUCAGCGUUAACGCGAAAGCCGAGCAAAAGAGGUUAAUCAUCGUCGGUUCCGUCACUGGAAACACGAACACGUUGGCUGGCCAAGUCCCGCCGAGGGCGAAUUUAGGAGACAUGGAAGGCUUGAAAACCGGCUUUCGCGGCGGCGAUAGAAACCAAAACGCGAUGAUUGACGGCGAACGAUUCAUCGGCGCCAAAGCGUACAAAGAUUCCAAAUUGUGCAACAUGUUGGACAUCAAAGAGUUUGCCCGACGAUACGCGGACACUGGGGUGCAAUUCUCCACCAUGUACCCGGGUUGCAUCGCCGAGUCCAACUUGUUCCGCAACCACACGCCGUUUUUCCAAUGGUUGUUUCCGGUGAUUCAAAAGAACGUCACCAAAGGUUACGUUUCGGAAACCGAAGCUGGUUUGCGUUUGGCGUCGUUGGUUAUCGACCCGCAAUACACCGAGCAAGGCGCGUACUGGUCGUGGAAGGGUGGCGGCGAUCAGUUGAUGGAUAACUACUGGGAUUCCGGAAACAGAGAGAUUGCGUUCAACAACAAGCCGAGUAAGGAAGGCAGAGACAUGGAAAAAGCGCAAGCGGUGUUUGACUACUCGAGCGCGCUGGUCGGCUACAAGCCGACCCCGACGAUAAAGAAAUUAGACACCGAGGCCAUGGCUGCUCCGGCCAGAUAA